AUGCCCGUAAAAAUUGGUUUAGUUGGUUUACCAAAUGUUGGUAAAUCUUCUUUAUUUAACUUUUUAACCAAAAAAAAUAUUAAAGACAUUGCUAAUUAUCCUUUUGCUACCAUCAAGCCUAAUGUAGGAGUAAUGCCUUUGCUUGAUCCUCGCCUGAAAAAAUUAAGUCAGUUUUGGCAAAGUCCUUCCGUCCCUAGUAUAGUGGAAAUUAUUGAUAUUGCAGGUUUGGUGAAGGGUGCCUCAAAAGGACUAGGUUUAGCCAACUAUAGUGGAGAAGAAAUUGAAAUAAAAGAAAUAAAAAAAUAUGCUGAAAAAAUGAAGUUAUCUUUUUUCACCUUAGCAGUUAAACUAGAAAAAGAAAUGGAAGAAUUGUCUGAGAAGGAAAAGGAAGAAAUGAACUGA